AUGGCCCUCCCAGUUCAAGGUAGAACUGCUAUCGUGACCGGCGCAGGCUCUGGUAUCAACUUCGCCUUCGCCGAGCUACUGGUAAAAAAUGGAUGUAACGUCCUCAUUGCGGACUUGGCCUUGCGCCCUGAAGCCCAGGUGCUGGUCGAGAAACACUCCAAGGGCCCUGUGCGCGCCGUAUUCCAGAAGACCGACGUGAUCGAUUGGCAGCAAUUGGAGCGGAUGUUUGAAGUGGCCGAGCGAGAGUUUGGCGAAAUCGAUAUUGUCUGUCCCGGCGCCGGAGUCUACGAGCCGCAUUGGAGCAACUUCUGGCGUCCUCCCGGCUCCGCUCCCAGUAAGGACUCUCCCACCGGCGGCCGAUAUGCCCUGGUCGACAUCAAUAUCACACACCCUAUCCGCACAUCGCAGCUGGCAAUUGCGCAUUUUCUGCGCCAUCGCGACAAUGGUCGUCCUAAGCACCUCGUCCACAUCUCUAGCAUUGCUGGGCAGACCUCUGCCCUUGCUGCGCCUAUCUAUGUGGCCACGAAACACGCUAUCAACGGCCUGGUACGAUCGCUGGGCAAGCUCGAGAGACUCGGCAUCCGAGUGACAGCUGUCGCCCCAGGAGUGAUCAAGACUCCCUUGUGGACAGACCAUCCCGAGAAGAUCAAGAUGGUCGACGACUCCGACGUCUGGGUGACGCCUGAAGAGGUCGGUGAGGUAAUGUUGGCCCUCGUGCAGCAGGAGCAAGUGAGCGAGGUGAUCGGAGAUCGGUCUGGACGAGGCAAGCAGUUCAAGGUAUCCGGCGGCAACAUCUAUGAAGUAUCCAAAACCGUCCGACUGGUCAACCAGUUCAACGACGAAGGGCCUGGCGACCGGCCGGGCAACACUGCGUCCGAUCACGCUGCGGUAGAAGAGGAGAGUUUCCAACUGUUAGCGCAGCCCGGAUGGGGACGACCGAAGCUGUAG